GGCAUAAAAUAGCUGCUAAUCUUCAAUCACAGGUUUUAAUUUAUUCUCCAUUUUCUACUUUUAUUUCCAUUUCCCCUAUUUAUUCGCAUUCUUUCGAUUCCCAUUCCAAGCCCCAGCUCUCGAUUCCCCGAUCGGCUUCACCGUCAAAUCGUCCAUCGCCUUGGCCAUGGACGACAAUGGCGAGGCCCUGCUCAACUCUCGAGCCGUCAGUUCCAAGUACCAUCGCAGUGCCUCCAACGCCUACGACGAGCUUCAAAGCUUCCGGUCCUACCUCCGGUGGAUGUGCGUGGACCAAUCGAACAUCUGGACGGCGUUGAUGUCGUGGUCGAUGUUCCUCCUCUUCGCCGUCAUCGUCCCCGCCAUCUCUCACUUCCUCCUCGCAUGCCCUAGCUGCGACGCCAAGCACUCCAGGCCGUACGACUCCAUCCUGCAAUUGUCGCUCAGCAGCGUCGCCUCUCUGUCUUUCAUCUGCCUAUCGAGGUUCGUCAGGAAAUAUGGCCUUCGGAGGUUUUUGUUCUUCGAUCGGCUCUGUGAUGAGAGCGAGACCGUUAGGACCAAUUACACCGGGCAGCUCAAUAGAUCACUGAAGAUUCUCUCUGUGUUUGUGAUCCCAUGCUUCAUUGCUGAGAGUGCAUACAAGAUAUGGUGGUACGCCUCAGGAGCCUCCCAAAUCCCAUUCUUAGGAAACGUAUACUUGAGUGAUGCAGUAGCAUGCACGAUGGAGCUUCUCUCAUGGCUGUACCGCACCACCGUGAUCUUCCUGGUGUGCGUCCUGUUUCGUCUGAUCUGUCACCUCCAAAUUCUACGGUUAAAGGACUUCGCCUCCGUGUUCCACGUGGACUCCGACGUGAUAUCGGUGCUGUCAGAACACCUCCGAAUUCGGAGGCACCUCCGCAUAAUCAGCCACCGAUUCAGGGCCUUCAUAUUGUCAGCCCUCAUCCUCGUCACAGGUAGCCAGUUUGCUUGCCUCCUCAUCACCACCAAAUCUACUAGUGACCUUAACAUCUACAAAACUGGUGAACUUGCGCUAUGCUCCGUGACACUGGUUUCUGCUCUCUCAAUCUUAUUGCGGAGUGCAACAAAGAUCACGCACAAAGCACAAGCAAUCACAGGGCUUGCUGCCAAGUGGCAUGCGUGUGCCACGUUGGAUACGUUUGAUGGGGUGGUGGAAGGAGAGACACCGACGGCUCAGAUUGCAUGUGAAAGAGUCUAUCCGACGGUCGGGACUGAUGGGGAAUCUGAAGCUGACGAUCCAGGCGACGAAGAAGAUGAGAUUAAUACUACCAAAUUAAUCCCAUCAUAUGCCUACAGCACAAUCUCAUACCAAAAGAGACAAGCUUUAGUGAAUUACUUUGAGAAUAACAAAGCAGGGAUUACAAUGUUCGGAUUCAUGCUGGAUCGGAGCACCCUGCACACCAUUUUCGGAAUUGAGCUCUCCCUUGUUCUAUGGCUGCUGGGCAAAACCGUUGGCUUUUCUUGAUCACACUAAUUUUCCACGUUCACUUCUGUCCUGUGUGAUGUAUGCCCCUUUUUGUUAAUGUCUUAAAUUACAAGUUACCAGAGUUUUCUUGGGCUCUUGCCUAUCUGAUUGUGUACAAAUGUCCAGUUGUGGUUAGACUUGUAUCAUAUCAUCAAAUAUGGCCUACACGCACACUGAUUCAUCAACGUGUACCCCACCCCGGAAAUGCUCUUUUUCAUCUCUUC